CAAUGAAAACAAAUAAAUACAUCUUUUUAAAAAAAUGAUAAAAAAAAUAGGUCUAGAGAAGCCAUCUCAACAAAUUUUGGACGAUGUGAGUAAGGUUGGUUUCAGUAGCAGAAAUUCAAACUCAAUAUUUGUAGGUGAGUGAAUCUCGUUGCCCUUACCUGCAACGGGUGCAGGAGUUACAGGUGUGGGCGAACAUAUAACCGAUUGAAAGUUCUGUUCUAAUUACUACUCAGCCACUCCGUUGCUUCUCUUUUCCCUUUGCUUAACCACCCCGCUCACUAGGAGACCACUCUUCUGAGCAGUAGGGUUCCAGAAUCUGAUUAUUUCCAGAAAUUAAGCCACCAAAUUAUGAGAAUUGGAGAAAAUGGGCUGACAGGGAGCUGGGAAUAAGUUGAUAAACAGGAGAUUAAAGUGUACAAACUAAGUAUGAGAAAUGUCUCUGUGUUUUUAUUGCCUGACAGCCAUCUUUUAGAACUUCCGAACUUGCAACCCUAAAGAGAGAAAAGAAUACGUUGAAAACAGGAAGAACAUAAAAAGGAGGAACUCAGGAAAUGCAUUUAAUGUGGGAAAUGAAAGAGUUUGUUACACAAUCCGACAGUAGCUUUAAUUGGACAAGAGAUGCCACUUUGGUUUGGAGGUGUCUUUCCUCGGUUACAUUUGUCCCUUUUGCUUCCAUUCUUCUGCUGGCUGUUUUAUCCAUUUCUGGUCCUGUAUAUUAAGAAGAGUGUUUCAAAAGUUCACGAAACAGGGACACAUUGGGAAACCUAUGCAUGACUUCAUACUUUUUUUUUUUCUCAGCACCAAACUUACCUUUUAAUUCCAUUUUUCUAAGGUAUUGUCGAAGUCCCUUCCUGUGCCACCAAUAAUCCUAUGUUCCAGUUCCCUGGUUUAUACAGCAGGCAGGUUGGUAGUGAAGCUCUCCCGUCCUCCCUCGUGGAUUACUCAGAAUCACAUUCCAGGAUUAGACUAAGCCAGCAUAGUCUUGAUAUUGAUGGAUAUGUCACUAACCGUGGUGCAACAACAACAGGAAGGUUAUAUUGUUGUUUGUUGUUUUUUCAUUGCCUUAAAAUUUCAAGCUUCUGUUGGGGCCAGGGAGAAGGAGAUGGGUUAGAAUGAGGUAUCUCUAAUAUUAAAAAAAGAAGACAGGAAGAGAACUGUAGACAAGACUAACAAAGGAAAGGUAGAUUCAUUAAAUAAUGAGUGGGCAUAACGGCUAAAAACUACUCUUUAUCUAUCUAAGAAAGCUUCCAUUUCUCUAUCACAGAAGGAAGUAGAAGGAACUGUGACCCGUGCUGUACACAGGAUGGUACCCAAGGGUCGCUUUCCAUCUCUGUCUGAUGAAUGGGCGAGGGAGGAUGGCAGGUGCAAUGGCGAAAGAAAAGAUUUUUGCACUUUAGACACUAAUGCCAUCUGCAUUUGGUAGCUAGCAGCAUGUUUUACUUGUUUAUCUUACUGUUGAUAAAUCUGUAUUGAAAGCAUAGAUUAUACAGCAAAGGAAUCUUUAAUGCAAAACAGUGUACAGUUUUUUGAUGAAGAUAGUUAGAAAUUCAGCCUCUGCAAUCAGAAUGGAAGGGAUCAAACUUUCCCUCAACUGCUUGCUGUGGAGAGGGCCCUGGGAAAUUAGUACAGCUUCAUGGAUUUUAGUUGUGCCAUCUCUAAAUGAGAAACAGCAAUAGCACAUAGAACUUCUGUAUAAGGUCAAAUAGCUGUGAUUGUUACCACUGUUAUUGUAAGCAUUUGGUCUAGCCUCAUUUCAACUACCCUGUGCGAUGCUGCCAAGCUCUGAUCAUUCUUGUUUAUUUCUAUGUUUUCAUAUUUUCACAAACACGGAUCCAAUUUUAGUCUGUGUAUAAACCACAGAUAAGCAAACAAAGCACUGUGCCGAGGAUUCUGUAGAGAGACCUGUGGAUACACUCCCCUGUGUAUUGUGAAUCAUGUAUUUACUGCAAGUAGGUAUUUCUCAAUUGAGUACAUGCAGAUCUUUGUGUUAAAGGCUAUAUAGGGCUGGUAGAUGGGACAAGGUGGAGCCAGCGGUGCAGACACCUACAAAUGCCACGGUGCAGUGCCUGAUGCAGCUUCCAGCUCUUGCGGUUUCAGCGGUGGCAGGUGAGGGCCCAGGCAGGUGGUUCUUGCUCCCAGCAUCCCGUUGCUUGGAUGGGAAUCCUGGCUCCUUGGCUUCUGGCAUUGGCCCUGAGCAGUGAGUGUUGCAGGUGUUUGAUGGGAUCUCCCUCUACACUCUCUCACACACAAAUAAGUAAAAAUGUUCAAAAAAAAAAUAAUCCAGUGUGAAUUUGGCUUCAGUUCUAGUUGUGAUUCAGUUAUUAUUGAUAAUUCAGUCUCAUGUUUGACAUCUCUGGAAAUUUGCUCUCCAAGAAUCUUUUAUUCUUUUAAUUCUCUGUUUUGUAAAAUGGCAAACUAUUGACAUUGCUUGUUCUUCUAUUUUCUUUUGAGGAAGCCAACUGAACAUUAAGUUCUCUGUGAAAAGCGAUGGUACCACAUACCACAUACUGCCAGUAUCUAAAAACUGCCAUUCUGAUGGAGUGUCCGAAAAAGGGUGGCUGCGUGAGACUCACAUGCUGAAGUUUAUAACUGAGACAGAUUUGGUCAUGGACUAUUUCAUAAUUACCAAAUUAAAGAACUGAAUAAGGCAAACUGAGCUGUACCUGUGUCUAGAAACAUAAUCUGUUGGUAUUUUUGUUAGUUUCUCCCCAGGGACGUUAAUCUGUUAUAUAGGUAAAUAAUUUAUUUCAGCAAUAAUGACAAAGUAAGGCUGUUCCCUAAAGAUUGGUUAUCAUUUGGAGAAAUUCACGAACUGCUUGCUAUCUGAGAUAUUUUUAAACUAAUUUAGUGACUUUUAAAAGAGGAACAGCAAGUCAGCCAGCUUUCAAAUGCUCUCCCGCCUCAUACUUCUCUAUUUUAUUUAUAGUAGAGGAAAACCUUUCUUCAUUCCUUCCUGUCAGCUGUGCAGAGGCAGUUCUACUAAAAUUGGGUAGAAGCGGCUCCAAAAUACACUGCAGCACUCCAAGUUAGCCUCUGUUAAAUAAUUUGAGGAUGAGGAUUAUUUUUCUAGCUAAACUGACUUCACGGUUCUCUGAUAUAGGUCUUUAUUUUAAAAAGCAGCUCAUUUUUAAACUCUCCUGUGUAAGGCUUGAAUUAUUCAACCAGGAGAAUUUCACUUUGAAGAGCAGUUUGGAACAAAAAGUAUAAUGAAUAUUUCUUAGGCUUUGGAGUCUUCUGUUAAAAUAAUGUGAAUUGUUAAGUUCCAUAUGGAAGAUUCCUCCCUAAGGAUCUUUCUGGUCCUUUAACAAGGUGAGAUUUGCUGGGUGUGUAUGUUAUCCAGCGGGCUUCACUACCCUUGAGCCCAAAGCCUUGUGGUCAGGUUACAAGGCUCUCAUGAUCAAAUGCUCUUGGAGGGGCAUGUCUGGCAAAUAGCUGUGCACAUACCACCAGUUCAAGAAAGAUGAUUCAUGUUGACGAAGCUGUCUUUGAAACGUGAAGGAGAUGAUGGGGUGGCUGGACGAGAGCAGCUCUUGGCUCAGCAGAGAAUGCACAGCAUGAUCAGCUCAGUGGAUGUGAAGUCAGAGGUUCCUGUGGGGCUGGAGCCCAUCUCGCCCUUGGACCUGAGGACGGACCUCAGGAUGAUGAUGCCUGUGGUGGACCCUGUGGUCCGGGAGAAGCAGCUGCAGCAGGAGCUGCUGCUCAUCCAGCAGCAGCAGCAGAUCCAGAAGCAGCUCCUGAUUGCUGAGUUUCAGAAGCAGCAUGAGAACCUGACGCGGCAGCACCAGGCUCAGCUUCAGGAGCACAUCAAGGAACUCCUAGCCAUAAAACAACAGCAAGAACUCCUAGAAAAAGAGCAGAAACUGGAGCAGCAGAGGCAAGAACAGGAAGUAGAGAGGCAUCGCAGAGAACAGCAACUUCCUCCUCUCAGAAGCAAAGACAGAGGACGAGAAAGGGCAGUGGCGAGCACAGAAGUGAAACAGAAGCUUCAAGAAUUCCUGUUGAGUAAAUCAGCAACAAAAGACACUCCAGCUAAUGGCAAAAAUCAUUCCGUGAGCCGCCAUCCCAAGCUCUGGUACACGGCUGCUCACCACACCUCAUUGGAUCAAAGCUCUCCACCCCUUAGCGGGACAUCUCCAUCCUACAAAUACACGUUACCAGGGGCGCAGGGGAGCAAGGACGAUUUCCCUCUUCGCAAAACUGCCUCUGAGCCCAACUUGAAGGUGCGGUCCAGGUUAAAACAGAAAGUGGCAGAGAGGAGAAGCAGCCCCUUACUCAGGCGGAAGGAUGGAAAUGUUGUCACUUCAUUCAAGAAGCGAAUGUUUGAGGUGACAGAAUCUUCCAUCAGUAGCAGCUCUCCCGGAUCCGGUCCCAGUUCGCCAAACAAUGGGCCAACUGGAACUGUUACUGAAAAUGAGACAUCAGCUCUGCCACCGACUACUCAUGCUGAGCAGAUUGUUUCACAGCAACGCAUCUUAAUUCAUGAAGAUUCCAUGAACCUGCUAAGUCUUUAUACCUCUCCUUCUCUGCCCAACAUCACCCUCGGGCUUCCGGCAGUGUCGUCCCAGCUCAAUGCUUCAAAUUCACUCAAAGAGAAACAGAAGUGUGAGACCCAGACGCUCAGGCAAGGCGUGGCGCUACCAGGACAGUACGGGGGCAGCCUGGCGGCGGCAUCCAACCAUCCCCACACUGCAUUGGAGGGAAAACCAAACAGCAGCCACCAAGCUCUCCUGCAGCAUUUGUUACUGAAAGAACAAAUGCGACAGCAAAAGCUCCUUGUGACCGGUGGCGUCGCCUUACACCCUCAGUCACCCCUGGCCACAAAGGAGAGAAUCUCACCUGGCAUCAGAGGUUCCCACAAGCUGCCCCGGCACAGACCCCUGAACCGAACCCAGUCGGCUCCUUUGCCGCAGAGCACGCUGGCUCAGUUGGUCAUUCAGCAGCAACACCAGCAGUUCCUGGAGAAGCAGAAGCAGUAUCAGCAGCAGAUCCACAUGAACAAACUGCUUUCGAAAUCUAUUGAACAACUGAAGGCACCAGGUGGCAGUCACCUUGAAGAAGCCGAGGAAGAGCUUCAGGGGGACCAGGCGAUGCAGGAAGACAGAGCACCCUCUAGUGGCAACAGCGCUAGGAGCGACAGCAGUGCUUGUGUGGAUGACACACUGGGACAAGUUGGGGCUGUGAAGGUCAAGGAGGAACCAGUGGACAGUGACGAAGAUGCUCAGAUCCAGGAAAUGGAAUCUGGGGAGCAGGCUGCUUUUAUGCAACAGGUAAUAGGCAAAGAUUUAGCUCCAGGAUUUGUCAUUAAAGUCAUUAUCUGAACGUGAAAUGCACUGUAACAUUUUGGUCAAUGGAUAUCAUUUCUUCUCAGUUUCUGUCUCUGGGUGAUUCUCUUUUCUAACUCACGCAGGUAAAUGUGUAUCUCUCUAGAGAUCUCUUCAUAGACUGACCUCUGUGUAGACAGCAAGGGUUCUCUGAAACUCCUCUGAUAAAGAAUUACCUGUUACAUUCAAAUUGUGCUACGCCAUCGCCAGACCACAAAUAGGCUUUCCGUUCAUCUCCAAGCGAUCUCUAUCAGUGAGCGCUAAGCUGUCAUUACCUUCACUGCUGUCUUGAGUUCAUCUGUUGAGGUCGAUGACUACUGGAGAGUGUCUCCCAGGCUCACUGGUGAAGCAUUCUGUGGGGUUUUGCGUUUUUCCAAACAUGUAGAUUUCAGCAUUCACAUCACUGUACAGAAUGCAUCAUAGUGCAGUCCAAAACGCUGUCCAAGGCAGUCUGCACCUUUCUCCCCAACCCCACCUCACCUCCACCUGUCUCUCUUUUUUUUUUUUCUGUUGUUGUUAGAAAUGUUCUGCUCACCGUGCCAGCCGUCCGCGGUUAUUGUGUAGAUUGCAGCUGAAAACAUUAGGAAUACAGCUGGUUUGAUCUAUGUAGAUGCAUACUGCAGCACUAUUUUAAAUAGUUCAUGCUGUCUCACGUGGCACCGCUCAUUUGACUUAGCAUUGUGUAUUUUCGUUCCCUGUCUACUGAGAGAAAACGAUCAGACGAAGCGGCUGCAAGCUUAGGGUCCAAUGAGCUGCUGCGUCACAGCCACCAUUGCAGAAAACAGAGCGAUGGUUUGAUUAUUAUCUGACGUCAAGUUCCAUUGGGAAAGAAGGUGUGUAACAGUUUGAUAGUCAUUAUGGCUAGACUCUAUGACAUAUGAUUCCAUAAUGAUCUGAUAUGAACAUCCCCUGCUGACAACGAAUGAGGCACGGGGGGUUUCCCUAAAGCGUUUGCUUGUACAGCACGCACCUUCCGGAGGAUAAUGUGCUCCGAGGCCACUGCCUCCGCACACCUUUAAAGGCCGCACAAGACAGAGUUGACUUUCGUCAGGGCUUGGUCAGCUUCCUGCUGGUCUCCCACAGAAAACCGGGUCUGUGAGGCUGCACCGGAAAUGCCUUGUGGAAACAGGAAGUUCAAGUGAUUCAUGUACUGAGGAAUGUAGGGGAGGGGGGGGAAGCCAAGGAUAGUGUUUUCCUCUUUCUGUUUUUAAAGGGCAGUCUAUGAAUUGAUUUAUUGUCUAAGAAAAUAACACCCCAAGUAGGGAAAUUGUUGCGGAAGCUUUUCACUGGAAUGUUUCCUUCAUAUUCCCUUUUGAUAUGUUUACCUUGUUUUAUACGUUUACUUUUGUUAAGCUAGUUAAAGGUUCCUUGUAUUAAGAGCCCCUUAAUAUGGAUAAUCCAAAUCGACCUAGAAUCUUUGUGAGGUUUUUUUUUCUAUUAAAAUAUUUAUAUUUCUAAAUCUGAGGUAUUUAAAGGUAUAGUAUCCUGUUUCAAAGGAGAUAUAGCAGUUUUGCCAAAUGUAGACCUUGUUCCACUGUAUGUUAUCGGCUCGUGUUGUUUACAUUUUGCUGUGAUAUUUAAAAGUAUCUCUUUAAAAAUGUGACUGCGGAAGAUACAUUAUCCUUUUUUAAAAAAAAGUCUCCAUUCAAAUUAAAAUAACUAGAAUUUAGAAAGUUUAAAACUUUUCCACACAAUGAAAGUCCUUCUGAUAAUUUGCCAAGUAGCUGGAACAGCCAACUUGCCCAAUCACCAUUAAUAUUUUAAUAUUUUCCUUCCUAUUAAAAUGUCUUCUUGUCAGUGGUUUUGCAUUAAAAACAUGGCAUGCCUGAGAUAAAAUUGUAUAUUUUCUCCAUCUCAUAAAUAUUCAUUUUCUCUGAAGUCUUUUUUUCAAUCUCAUAAAAAAGGGAUAGUGCAUCUUUUAAAAUACAUUUUAUUUGGGGAGGAACAUGUUGCUGAGCAGACUUUUGUAUCAUAUUACUUCAAAGAUAUGUAAUCACAAACAAGAACAACCUAUUUUUUAUAAUGUCAUUUGAGAGAGCUUCAUCAGUUGAAUUGGUGGACGUUAAUUGUUUGAAUUUGACAGACUUUGAAUUUAAUCAAGAAACUGCCUGGAGCCAGUGUAAAGGAAAGCUGGGCUUGACGAAUCUUAGAACUAAUUGAUUAAUGUAUCUUUUCAGAUCUACUGUAUUUAUUAUAAUUUACACCCUCGAUGGUGAUCUCUUGUUCUGUGUUGUAAAUAUAUUGUUUGUAUGUUUCCCUUCUUGACUUCUGUUAUAAGUCUCUUCCUUUCUCAAAUAAAGUUUUUUUUAAAAGA